GGAAAACAUCGCCCGUUCACCACGUGGUCUCCCUCCCGGGUCGUUUUGCAAUAAAUAAACCUUGAAAAAGUAAAAACUAAAAAAACCAGUCUAAAUAAAUAAAAUUCCGAAAAUGCCUCGUCGAAAAAUAGAUAACCGAAUCCGGACUCUAAUAGAAAAUGGAGUGGAAACCGGUCACCGGACCUUUUUCGUUAUCGUCGGGGAGAAGGCCAGGGACCAGGUAAUCUAUAUUCACCACAUGUUAUCCAAAACAGUCGUAAGAUCCCGUCCAUCAGUGUUAUGGUGUUACAAAAAAGAACUCGGAUUUUCUUCCCACCGGAAGAAAAAAAUGAAAUCGCUCCAGAAGAAGAUCAAGUUCGGCAAAGCAGAGGUCAACGAUGAGGAUCCCUUCGAACUCUUCAUCUCCUCGACAAAAAUCCGCUACUGCUACUACAAAGAAACCCACAAAAUUCUCGGAAACACAUUCGGAAUGUGCGUCCUCCAGGACUUUGAGGCCCUAACCCCAAAUUUACUCGCCCGGACGAUGGAAACCGUCGAGGGUGGGGGCAUCAUCGCGAUCCUCCUUCAGAGUGUCAAUUCCCUAAAACAAUUAUACACAAUGAACAUGGACGUCCACCAGCGAUUCCGGACCGAGGCUCACCAGGAAGUCGCCUGCAGAUUCAACGAAAGAUUCCUCCUCUCCCUCGCUUCCUGUGCCCGGUGUUUGGUCAUCGACGAUCAGUUCCACGUGCUCCCGAUAUCGAUACAUAACCUCAAAAUCAAACCCGCGAUAAAAGCAGCCUCGGGAGAGAAUUGUUCGGAAUUAAAUGCUCUGAAGGAGACCCUUCGAGACACGCAGCUAGUUUCGAAUUUGUUGGAAUGCUGCAAAACCCUGGACCAGGCGAAGGCCUUAUUGAAGUUCAUCGAAGCGAUUUCGGAAAAAACGUUACGUUCGACAGUUUCUCUGACAGCGGCGAGAGGUCGGGGAAAAUCGGCGACAAUGGGACUCGCGAUAGCUGGUGCGAUUGCUUUCGGAUAUUCCAAUAUUUAUGUUACGAGUCCGAGCCCUGAAAAUUUGAACACGCUUUUUGAGUUCGUUUUCAAGGGUCUGGACUCCCUGGAGUACAAGGAACACAUCGAUUACAGUCUCAUGCAGUCCACGAAUCCGGAAUUUAAUAAAUCUACGAUCCGGGUAAAUGUUUUUAGAGAUCACAGACAAACAAUUCAGUUUAUUCACCCCUCGGAUUCACAGAAGUUGCAGCAGGCGGAAUUGUUAGUUAUUGAUGAAGCUGCAGCGAUUCCUUUGCCUCUCGUCAAGAAGAUGUUUGGACCCUAUUUAAUUUUCCUCGCUUCGACGAUAAAUGGAUAUGAAGGCACUGGAAGAUCCUUAUCCUUCAAACUUCUGCAGCAGUUGAGAAUGCAGUCGAAGAGUUUAAAUUCCCAGGAGAAGAGCAGAGAAGAUAUGGCAAUUGUGAAUCGAUCUUUGGAGGAAUUGACCUUGAAAGAAUCGAUUCGGUACAAAGCUGGGGAUGCUGUCGAGAGCUGGCUUUCGACAGUGCUUUGUUUGGACGAUGAGAACGUGAAAGCUUCGGUGCCGAAGCAACUGGGCUUGGAUUCCUGUCAGUUGCUUUACAUCAACAGAGAUACGUUGUUUUCAUUCCAUAAAGCUUCGGAGAGGGUUCUCCAGGAAUUGGUGGCUUUGUACACUUCCUCGCAUUAUAAGAACAGUCCAAAUGAUUUGCAGAUGAUGUCUGAUGCACCUGCACACCACCUAUUUUGUUUGGUUUUGCCUACUAAUUCGGACUUUCCGAAAGUCGUGGUUUUUGUCCAGGUCUGCUUGGAAGGUCAGAUCAGCAAGAAUUCAGUUGAGCAGAAGGCUGUGAGAGGAAAAAGGACUUCUGGGGAUCUUAUACCCUGGACGAUUUCCCAUGAGUAUAAGGAUAAAAAUUUCCCGUCGUUGAAAGGAGCGAGGAUUGUGAGGAUAGCUACACAUCCUGAGUAUCAGGGACAAGGAUAUGCAACGAAGGCGUUGGAACUUCUCAAGGAGUAUUUUGCGAUGCGGAAUUCUGAUGAAAUGAGCGAUUCCGAGGACGAAAAGAAAGUAUCAAAGAGUAAAAUGAAUGGAUCGAAAAAAAGAAAACUAGAAGACGAAGAAGCAGAUCUCCACACUGAAGUUAUCGAACCUAGAUCAUCACUUCCGCCUCUUUUCAUGAAACUUUCAGAACGACCAGCAGAAGCUCUCGACUACAUCGGCGUUUCCUUCGGCGUGACACCACAACUUAUUAAAUUUUGGAAAAGGGCAAAAUUUAUCCCUGUCUACAUGAGUCAGACAACAAAUGACAUAACAGAGGAACACUCUUGCAUCAUGAUUCACAAAAUAAACCCAGAAGGACAGCAAAUCGAAGAAGCCAGCUGGCUACAAGAUUAUUGGAUCAAUUUUAGAAUGCGGUUCAUAGGAUUUCUUUCAUAUUGUUUCAGGGAUUACUCUUCCUCGCUGGCGCUUAAUAUUUUAGAAAACAGUACAAUCAGCGUACCAGCUAAAACUUUGACGAGAGAUAAACUGGAAGAGUACAUAACUUCGCAGAGUUUACUUCGACUAGAAGAUUAUAGUAAGAAUCUGGAUGAUUUUUGUACAAUUAGGGAUUUGACGAACCCCCUGGCAAAGCUUUACUUUUUGAGGAAACUAGGUAGCAUUAAUCUUCAAUCAGGACAAGAAAACAGCAGUUUAGAGAUCUCGCCUGUUCAAGCUGUUAUUCUCUUGGGAAUAGGACUUCAACACAAAAGCAUUAAAGACUUGACAAGUGAAUUAAAUCUACAAAAUUCACAAGUUCUUGGCUUGUUGCAAAGAACUGUUAAGAAAUUUACUACUUAUUUAACUGCUCUCACGGAAGAGUCUCUGAAAAGUACGUUGAAGGGUUAAAGAGUGUAUAAAUAUUUUUUUUACACGAACAUUUUUCAUGAGGAAAGUAUUUUUUUAUAGCAAGAUGUAAGAGAAAGUGUAAAUAUUAUGUGUAGAGAAUUACAAUAAAGUUCAUUUAAAUUUU